AUGACUGGAACGAUCAUCGUAACCGGAGCUAAUGGCUCUCUCGCCCUCGCAUACAUAUCACACCUCAUAAAAACCCACCCAUCGUAUACUAUCCUUGCAACAGUCCGCAAUGCAUCUCCGUCCGAUCCUAACACCGCUCAACUCUCCUCCAUCCUCUCUUCUCACCCCAAAUCCUCCAUCGAAGCUCUCGAUCUCUCUCUUCUCUCAAAUGUACGGAGCUUCUCCGAAAACACAGCGAGCAGAGUAGCUUCUGGUGAAAUACCACCCAUAAAAGCUAUCAUCUGCAACGCCUUCACUAUGUCUGUAACAGAGCAGGUUUAUACUCCCGAUGGCUUUGAGAGGACGUUUCAGGUUAACCAUUUAUCUCAUUUUGUUCUGGUGCUAAAGCUGAUUGGGAGUAUGGCGAGUGAUGGGAGGAUCGUGAUGCUUGGUUCGGAUACGCACUAUACAACUCGAACGCAUCCGCUUUUUAAGCAACGACCUGGUAUCCCGGAGGAUAUUGAGCUGUUAGUGAAGCCGUUGCCGGAUAAGAAGGGAAAAGAGUACGAUGGCGGAUUCCAUCGGUAUGGAAAUUCGAAGUUGGCGAAUAUCAUGUUCAUGCACGACCUCAACGCCAAGCUUGAAAAGAAUCCCAAGCUCUCUGGUAUCACAGCUAUAGCAAUGGACCCAGGCGGCAUGGUCGACUCCCGUGCGCACAAGAUCCAGACACCUUUCAUGAGGUUCGCUUUUAGUCUUGUGCUUAUAUCACUCCCUAUUCUUCGACAUUUCACCGAUACCAUGCGGCCAGCAGCGCAAUCAGGUCGAGAGCUGGUAGAGUUGAGCGUUGGGGAGAAAUACAAGGGCACAAAGGGGUAUUUCAUGGGGGCAAGACGGGAGGAAGAGGAUAUUGCGUGCAAGGAUGCCCAUACGAGGGAACUGUUGUGGAAUGCUUGCUGGAAGUGGGCUGGGAUGAAGGAGGAAGACACUGUUUUAUUGUGA